AGGGAGGAAAAGCGCCGAACGCACGCUCGGUCGCUCCAGAGGGAACAGCCGGGCCGCCAACCUGGGCGGGGCCGGCGGUCGCCGCGCGUGCGCAGAGGUGUGGUCGGGAAGGUGCGCUGAGGCUGGAGUUGGAGGCGCGGCCCCCGGGAGGUGAGCCACUGGUCCUGGGCCAAGAUGGGCCAACCAGAGUCCCUACCCAGAACUUUUUUAACUGAAACUAAGAAAAAAAGAAAACCCCCUCCAGUGUGGAAGCCAUAAAAUGCAAAACACAGGAGCUGUCAGCAGCCAUGUGUCCUGCCAUGUGGAACCAGCUGGUCUGCAGUGAAAAGAAUGAAGCCGACAUGCAGAAAGCAGCAGAGAACCAUGUGUGAUCCAUACUGCAUCUCCUUUGCUGAUGUUGAAAAAGCUCAUAUCAACAUUCGAGAUUUUAUCCACCUCACACCAGUACUAACAAGUUCCCUUUUGAAUCAAAUAACAGGACGCAAUCUUUUCUUCAAAUGUGAACUCUUCCAGAAAACUGGAUCUUUUAAGAUUCGUGGUGCCCUUAAUGCAAUCAGAGGCUUGAUUUCUGCCCAUCCAGAAGAGAAGCCCAGAGCUGUUGUUACUCACAGCAGUGGAAACCAUGGCCAGGCUCUCUCCUUUGCUGCCAGAUUAGAAGGGAUUCCUGCUUAUAUCAUAGUGCCAGAAACAGCUCCCAACUGUAAAAAACUGGCAAUACAAGCCUAUGGAGCCUCUAUUGUAUACGGUGAACAGAGUGAAGAGUCCAGAGAAAAUAUGACAAAAAGGAUUGUGGAAGAAACAGAAGGCAUUAUGGUACAUCCCAACCAGGAGCCUGCAGUGAUAGCCGGGCAAGGGACAAUUGCCAUGGAAGUGCUACACCAGGUUCCCUUGGUAGAUGCACUGGUGGUACCUGUAGGAGGAGGAGGAAUGCUUGCUGGAAUAGCUAUUACAGUGAAGGCUCUGAGACCUAGUGUGAAGGUAUAUGCUGCUGAACCCUUGAAUGCAGAUGACUGCUACCAGUCCAAACUCAAAGGGGAACUGACCCCCAACCCCUAUCCUCCGGAAACCAUAGCAGAUGGUAUCAAAUCCAGCAUUGGCUUAAACACCUGGCCUAUUAUAAGGGACCUCGUGGAUGAUGUCUUCACUGUCACAGAGGAUGAAAUUAAGUAUGCAACCCAGCUGGUGUGGGAGAGGAUGAAACUGCUUAUUGAACCUACAGCGGGUGUUGGAGUGGCCGCUGUGCUGUCUCAGCAUUUUCAAACAGUUCCCGCAGAAGUCAAGAACAUCUGUAUUGUGCUCAGUGGUGGAAAUGUAGACUUAACCUCCCUAACCUGGGUGAAGGAGCAGGAUGAAAAGGCAGCUCCCUAGCAAUCUGUUUCUGUUUAAAAUGUGCAAAAGGAAGAAAAGGGACUCAAGUGUCUAGACACUUGGAAAUUUUGUCUCCUGGUCAUUGUCAAGUUUCUAUUUUCCCCUCUAAAACAGCCUUCAAAACCCUAA